AUGAAGUUCCUCCUUUACGCGGCCGUCGUCGCGGCCGUCGCCAACGCUGCAGCGCUCCCCUUCGCCGAGCCCGGCAAGCCGUGCCCCCGACCUGGACAGGGCUGCUGGAAGGCCAGGCGUGCCCCCGAGCCCAUUGCCAUGCCCGAACCUGAGGCUGUUGCCGAGGCCGAGCCUGGCAAGCCAUGCCCCCGUCCCGGACAGGGCUGCUGGAAGGCCAAGCGUGCCCCCGAGCCCAUUGCCAUGCCCGAGCCAGAGCCUGAGGCUGUUGCUGAGGCUGACCCUCAGAAGCCCUGCCCCCGACCUGGACAGGGCUGCUGGAAGAACAAGAAGCGCACGCCCGAGCCCGUCGCCAUGCCCGAGCCAGAGCCUGAGGCUGUUGCCGAGGCUAACCCUCAGAAGCCCUGCCCCCGACCUGGACAGGGCUGCUGGAAGAACAAGCGCAGCGCCGAGCCCGAGUCCGUCGCCAGCCAGUGUGAUCGGUUCAUGAACUUGAGGGUCAGGGGAGGAGGAGGAGGAAGGCAAUGA